UUUCAUUUGCUUUCUCAGCCGACUGUGUGUGUUUUUACUCAUCAAAGCUGCCUGCUUUUCCUUUCAUUCUAUCUUGUUUGAACCCUCAAAAUGUAUACUUCAAGGAAGAAGAUUCAGAAGGACAAGGAUGUCGAGCCCAGCGAGUUUGAGGAGUCCGUUGCACAGGCAUUGUUUGAUUUGGAGGCUGCAAACCAAGAUCUCAAGAGUGAUUUGAAGGACCUUUACAUCACUGGCGCUAAUCAAAUUGAUGUCUCUGGAACUAGGAAGGCUGUGGUGAUCAAUGUUCCUUACAGACUGAGGAAAGCUUUCCGCAAGAUCCAUCUCAAGCUUGUUAGAGAGCUCGAGAAGAAGUUCAGUGGCAAGGAAGUUGUUUUGAUUGCAACCAGAAGGAUGUUGCCACCACCAAAGAAGGGUUCAGCAGUUCAACGACCCCGUAACCGUACCUUGACAGCUGUGCAUGAUGCUAUGCUUGAGGAUAUUGUUCACCCUGCUGAGAUUGUUGGAAAACGUGUCAGAUUCAGAGUUGAUGGCACCAAAAUCAUCAAGAUCUAUUUGGACCCUAAGGCAAGAAAUGACACUGAGUACAAGCUGGAAACUUUUGCUGGGGUUUACAGGAAGCUUUGCGGGAAAGAUGUUGUCUUUGAAUAUCCCAUCACCGAGCCUUAGAGGAAACUCAUGUUGAGAAUCUUGGUUUAAUUUUUGUUGUCUUUUCAAAUGCAACUUUAUGGUUAAUCUGUUAUUUGACGUCAAGAUUUUCAGAUCAUCCUUAUUUUGUCUAGGAAAUAUUUAAGAUUGCCAGUUUCAAGUUUUCUUAUCUAUUUUGCCUUUAAUGUUUGGGAUAUUUUGAUAUAGAACCUGCAUUUUAUUUUAAA